UCGAGAACCAUCCCAUCUCAAUCUUACCACCUCUUAUGUGUAUAUAAACCCGACACCCCAUGCUCACUUCCCCACUCCAAAACACCAACUUCCAUCCUUUCCUCGUCCUUCAAUAAUUCAUACUAACGCUACUCCUGUCAUCCUCCCUACAUACCUUGUCUUCUACCAGAGCUAACAUGGCAUCACUAGUGUUUCCUCUCUUAGCGUGCUUUUUGAUGGCCACUGCCUCGGCUGGCAACUUCUACCAGGAGUUCGACAUCACCUGGGGUGAUGGGCGUGGCAAGAUCCUCGACAAUGGCCAGCUCCUAACUCUCGCCCUCGACAAAGCCUCCGGCUCCGGCUUCCAGUCCAAGAACGAGUAUCUCUUUGGCAAAAUCGACAUGCAGCUCAAGCUUGUCCCUGGGAACUCCGCUGGCACCGUCACCGCCUACUAUCUUUCUUCACAAGGACCGACUCACGAUGAGAUCGACUUCGAGUUCCUUGGAAACCUCAGUGGAGAACCCUACACUCUCCACACCAAUGUGUUCACCCAGGGGAAGGGGAACAGGGAGAUGCAGUUCCACCUCUGGUUCAACCCCACCGAGGACUUCCACACCUACUCCAUUCUCUGGAACCCCGAACACGUUAUCUUCAUGGUUGAUGGCACACCGAUCAGAGACUUCAAGAAUAUGGAGUCCAAGGGUGUUGCGUUUCCAAAGAGCCAACCCAUGAGGAUCUACUCCAGCCUUUGGAACGCUGAUGACUGGGCCACACAGGGUGGACGCGUCAAGACCGACUGGACCAAAGCUCCCUUCACUGCCUCGUAUAGGAAUUUUAAUGCCGAUGCCUGCAUCUGGUCCUCCGGUACCUCCAGUUGCAAUUCGCAGAAAUCCGACUGGUGGAACCAAGAGCUGGAUUCCACGGGCCAGGAGAGGAUGAGGUGGGCGCAGGAGAACUACAUGAUCUACAACUACUGCACUGAUCUGAAGCGGUUCCCUCAGGGCCUCCCACCAGAAUGCUCCAUAGCCUGAAGCAAGGAUAAGAAUUAUGACCAAGCACAUAGUCGUUCUUUGAUUGAUUUGUUCUUCUAUGAGGACGCCAACAUUUAAUUUUUUUUAUUGUCCUUCCUGUUAAUAGACAGAAACACUGUGUAUAUUCUGCAUGUAAAAAAAAAGUACCUUGAAUUAAAAUAAAAAGCACCAGGUGUUCUGCUGGAAUUCAAGAA